AUGCCUCGCCGGCCGGUGAAGCCACAAGAUCGUCAGCGAGUUGUUAGGGCAUGCGAUCAGUGCAAAGCGUCCAAGAAGCGUUGUGAUGGCAAUCAGCCCUGCAAUCCGUGCGAGAAGAAAAGGUACGAUGGUAUAUGCCACUACACCGCUGGUCGGCGGCAUCAUCCGUUGCCGCAGCCCCCAUCAGCACCCUCACAGUUGGCUUCAGCGCAGCAUGCCCCUUUGACAUUUGAAGGAAGCGGGGCCAAUGAGGUUAUGAUAUCCCCGAAUUCCUGGAAUUUCCACGCCCCCACUACUAUGUUAGCGGGUAACCCAGGACCCGGUCUUGCUGCAGAUGUGCAAGAGCACACUUCUGAAAAAAGUACCAGCAGCAACGACACGCGAGGUUCUUCAAUAGAGGUUAUGGCUCAGCCAUCCGUUAUGUUGUCAAGUGUUAGCGGGGAGAAAGUGUUCAUUGGCAACACAGCGGCUAUUUCGUUUCUACAGUUCCUCCAAAAGACAUUAGAACGUCAUGUUGGCCCUUCUGGUUUUACCGAUGCUCAAGAAAGUCGAAAGCUGUUUGAAGCAGAUGCCCUCGACAAGGGAUCGAGCCGCUUUUACGAUGGGCUCUGUGUUGAAGACAAAAAGGCUUACAUCCAGUACUUCUUCGAUGCUUCUAACGGUCUUCUUGACUUGUACACUUGGGAAGAGGUAUGCCAUCUGUUGCAGACAGAGACUCGAACGAACUUGCCUGGAGAAUCGCCCGCUUCGCAAAACUUGAAGAGCAUUCAAUCGGCCUCGUUGUACCUAAUGGUCGCAAUUGGUGCCCAAUGCUACGGCCCAACAAAAGAUGCUGUAGUCUGGACAGCUGAGUUGUUUUCCUAUGCUCGCAAGCUAGCUUUCGCACAGAUGCUUGAAAAUCCAAGCUUGGACCUUGUCAGGGUGUUUCUUCUCAUGGCAUUCUACAUGUUUGGAGCUUGUCGACGUAACUCUGCCUUUAUGUACCUUGGUUGCGCCUCCAAAGCCGCCGACAUACUGGGCCUGCACGUGUCUGCCCAAUACAAGCGCACUGCUCCCUCUACCCGGAAUGCAAGACUUCGCGUAGCCAAAAGCAUACGCGUCUUCGACGUUGUCUGCAGCUCUAUCCUUGGACGAUCGAGCAGCACCCCGUCACCUCGAUCGGGUCAUGCCAGCUACGUUAGCGACAGGACCGAUAAUAACGCUGAUGUCAUAUACCGAUCGCUGGCGCUCGGUGCCAUCUACGAGAUCACGGCAAUCCUUGAUACCGCUGUCCAGAAAUCUGGUGAAGGUGAGCUCGACGCGGACACGGCUGAAAGCCUUGUCUUAGCUUUGCAGCAACGCAGUCGAAACUUCCCUUCCAUAUUGCGGAAAUCAAACGAUGAAGACUCGACUAAUAGCAGACAUGUCAUCAUCGGAAACGUGCACGUUUCUGGAGCCUACUAUUUCAGUGUAAUCUUAGUCACGCGACAUUUUCUCAUACAGCACGUUGUACCUCAGCUUUCAGACGGACCAAAGUCACUCCAGCAUCACGAUAUCGCAGGAAGGACCAAGAUCGAUCAGCUAGCCGACGCAUGUAUCGAGGCGGCUACGUUCAUGGCACACAUGUGCCACCAAGUCAUGAGAUCGGGCCACCUACUCGGAAAUAUGUGCAUUCUCAAAGCAUGGGUCUUCGCUACAGGCCUUGUGCUGGGCUUUUCGCUGCUUGUUGAGGAUACAGCAAACACAGAGCGACAAACUGCAUUUCUCAAAUCGCUUCACGUGUUGGGCGAGCUGAGACACCUUAGCCCUCAAGCCGAGCAGUACUAUGGCAUUUUAUCAAGCUUCCAUCAAGCUAUCAAGGCUUACAAGGAACAAUUACAUCGCAGAAUGCGCGCGUCUCGAGGGACCUUGGUAGACCGCAUAUUCUUGCCGGAGGUGGCAAAUGACACCAAUGAGCCCGAGGCCAUCGCAACACAACUCCCAACCCCGGAGAUGACCAUACAAGAUACUCCAUCGGCGGAGUGGCUGGACAAUCUCCCGAUGGAUACGCUGAACGAUAUGGAACCAGUGGAUCCUAUGCUGAUGGGGGACAAUGAUGUUAUCAUGAGCAUGCUUUGGGAAUCGGAGAGGUACGCGAUGGACUAUCCAGCCGGUAUGUUGCCGAGCAUAGACGCUCCUGUUCAGAACCUAGGUACUUUGCUAGGCUAGCAGGCACAACCUCGCUCCUUGAAGUCAAUAGAGACAUCGAAGUGCUUGAUGGAUAGCAAAUGAUUGGAGCCCAUAUUACAGUCACUC